AUAAUGCGUGAACUCAGAAUAUGCGCUAACCUCAAGCAUCCAAAUAUUCUAUCCGUUUAUGGUUAUACGUAUGGGUUUGGCCCAUUUAUAGCGAUAGUCAGUCCUUGGGCGGAGAAUGAUAACCUAUCGGACUAUUUGGAGCUCGAGGGCGCGGCUCUUACUCUCGUCAGAAGAUUCCAGAUCGUAAUGAUAUUGUUCCCAGUUCAUGCAAACAGUGUCGUUCAUGGUGACUUUACUGGGCCCAACGUGCUGAUUCAUGGUGAUGGCACUGCGUGUGUCGCUGACUUUGGUCUUUCCUUGAUGUAUUCCGAAGUUAUAAGCGCCUCUCAGGCUUGUUGGACGUCCACGCUGAAAGGAAACAUGCGAUGGAUGGCUCCUGAGCUGCUCAUUGAACGAGAGGAUGGAUCUCAAGUCCGGCCGAGUGAGCAGAGCGACAUGUAUUCAUUUGGCGGCAUCAUGCUGCAGGUCCUCACCAACAAAGCACCCUACUAUCACCUCACAAAUGAUGCUACCAUCAUUCUCUGCAUAGCCAAGUCGCAAAGACCUUCCCGAUCUCGUUAUCCUAAGCUCCGCGAACGAUACUGGCAGUUUAUUGAGGAAUGCUGGUCUACCAAUCCUCGGGACCGCCCAUCG